CCUGGGUCAGGCGCGGGGACGCCGGCGCGGAGAAGGCGGGCUCGGGCCGGUUCGCCCUGCGUGGCACCGCGAGGGCCCCGUGGUCAGGGACAGCUGUGGUCAGCCCGGACCUGCGCUUCCGGCGGAGCGGCCUGGCUGAGGUCAGCACCCGGCAGGCUCUGAGCUCCCUCCCCUACCGGCGGCUGGCCCUGGGGUCCAGCCCCAAGGGGUCGGUGAGUGCUUGGAGGAGUGGGGCGGAGGGCAAAGCCUGGAGGAGCCCGCGGUGCAGACCAGGAACGCGGGCCACUUCGCAAGGUGGCCGCCUGGUAGGCAGGCGCCGGGUGACGCCUGGCACAGCGUGGGUGCCUCUUCGGUGUUUGCAGCACGAAUGAAGGCCAGAGGGGCUGGGCGGGAUGCCGUCCCCCGGGCUGGCCUCACCCUGCAGAAGCCCGUGCCACUGCCGCUCCUGUGGGCCACGUACGCUUGUUUGUUUUAAUGCGGUCGGAGGGCUGGAACCCAGGGUGCCUACCAGUGAGCUCCACCCUUUUCAUUUUGAGGCAGGGUCUCGCUAAGUUCCCCGGGGCCUCAAACUCGAUCCUCCUGCCUCAGCCUCUGGAGUAACUGGGAUUACAGGGAUGCCUGAAGGGCCGUCUGUGAGGAAGUUUCACCGUCUGGCCUCUGCCUUCGUGGGCCAGCAGGUGCUCAAGACGGGGGGCAGCAGUAAGAAGCUGUGUCCCGCCACCCUGCAGUCCCUGUGGCUUCAGGAUGCGCAGGUACAUGGAAAGAAGUUGUUCCUUAGAUUCGAUGCAGUUGUGGGUGCAGAUGCAGAUGAAGAGGCAGGGGCCCCCGGCAGCAGCCAGCCACCGGAGCCUCUGCAGAAACGAGCACGGAGAGAGGCGGCUGUGGACCCAGCGCCAGAGCCCAGUGAACAGAAAACUGGUGAUGGAUCGUCCCGGUCCUCAGAGCUGCUUCCCAGGGGCCCUGGUGGCCUGGUGGGGGACAGCCCUACAGCAGGGGCCCAGCGGUGGCUGCAGGUCCACUUCGGUUUGUUUGGUAGCGUCUGGGUGAACGAGUUCUCCAGAGCAAAGAACGCCAACAAGAGAGGAGACUGGCGAGAUCCGGUGCCCAGGCUGGUCCUGCACUUUGGCAGUGGUGGAUUCCUGGCAUUUUAUAAUUGCCAGAUGUCAUGGAGCCCUGCCCCAGCGAUCGAGCCUCGCUGUGACAUCUUGUCCGAAGAGUUCCACCGAGGACAGGCCUUGGAGGCUCUGGGUCAGCCGCAGCCCGUGUGCUACACACUCCUGGACCAGCGAUACUUCUCAGGGUUAGGAAACAUCAUUAAGAAUGAAGCUUUGUACAGAGCCAGGAUCCAUCCUCUCUCCCUUGGCUCACUCCUGAGUCCCUCGUGUCUGGAGACCCUCGUGGAUCACGUGGUGGAGUUCAGUGCAGACUGGCUCCGGGGCAAGAUCCAGGGCCAGCGGCAGCACACGCAGGUCUACCAGAAGGAACAGUGUCCAGCUGGACACCAGGUCCUGAGGGAGGCAUUUGGGCCCCCUGGCGGCCUCCAGAGGCUUACGUGGUGGUGCCCGCAGUGUCAGCCCCAGCUGCCACCCAAGGAGCUGCAGCAGCUCCCGUCCUAAGUCCCCAGGGCCCUUCCUCACGAUCUCAGGCCACGGGGACUGUGAUUCCUCAGGCGUGAACUGGACUGGGGCGGGUGCCGAGGAGCGCGUGGGCCAGGAGGUGGUGGUGUCACUGUUCCUCCCACUGGCUGAUAUAUGAGGCACAGAUUCCAUAGGGGUAGGUUUUUCCCUUUUCUAGUUCAGAUCGUUCUUCCUGUCUAGUUCUAACGUGAAAGGUGAAAGAAAUCUUGAUAGUGAAUGAAGAGAAAGGAUGUGGGUGUUUUGUUUUGGAAACUUUGGUUGAUUUGAAGGCCUUCCAUUUUGAAUAGGAAAACAGAAUUUUCUUCCUUUGUUCCCCGAGAGAUCCAGGGAAGAGGAAAAAGCAACAGGACAAGAGGACUGGGUCAGCCUCCUGCCUGGCUCUUUCCCUCGGGAUGGAGAUGCCAGGGCGGCCGGCCACCUUCCUGGAGUGCCCACUGGCCUUUAGAGAAAAGCUAUUUGUUUAGUCCUUUAGCGGCUGCAUUUCUGACAUGUGGAGCAUUUCAGGAAUCAAGACACAAAUACUUCAUCAGGUUGUUGGCAAUAGUUGAUGAAACCAGGGCAGUGACCUGAAAAUAAAGCUCUUUGUCAUUU